AUGAAUAUAAAAAAGAAGCAAAAUAUUGAAAAACAACACAUUUAUAUUUUUCUUAUGAUGAUGACAUUACAUAAAAUAUUUUAUCUGUUGCUUUGCUUCUGUAUUUAUUAUACAAAUGCAAGUCCACCAAUUGAGCAAGUAAUGGAUAAAUUAAUUAAAAUAAUCAGUGAAGAACAAGUUUUAAAACCGGCUGAAUAUAAAUUUCCACAAUGGGAAAAGAAACUAGGUCUUUACCGGUCUGAAGUUCGAUUAAAUUUUUUUGGGGAACCAGCUCAAGCUGAGUUACGUAAAAAUAAAUAUAUUAACGUUUUUGAUAACAAUAUGUUUGCUACUGGUUGGAUAGCCUCUGUUCUAUUAGAAACAAAUAUGUAUGGUCGUGCUCCAAAAACAAUCGAUAAUGAACAUUUGUCAUUAGCAGUCGAUGCAAUCGAAACCUUUCAUGAUCAUAAUCAAAAUGAAUCUUCUGUUCCAUUGAUGACAUUUUGGUCUCAAACAUAUAAUCAAACAACAAAUGCAUGGGAAUCAACACCAGAUAAUUUACGUGAUUUAAUUACAGAUUUAAAUGAUAAUCUUGAACGUCUUGAAGAUAUUUUAAAAGCCCUUGGAAUAAAAAACAUUGCACAAUUAAUCGAUAAAAUUCGUUCAAUUAGCGAAGGAUUAAAAAAUGCUUUUGAAAUUCCACCUGAUUUCGAUGAUACAUAUUUAAAUAUAGGUCUAGGUGUACAAUUAAAAUUAUUACAAGAUAAAUAUCCAUCACUUUAUUUUCGUUGGUUACAAACUAAUUCGAAUAUGAAAAAACUAAUUGAUUUAACAUUACGCUACGCUUAUAGACCUUCAAGUCCAUACUUGGAUCAGAAUACGAUCGAUCCAAGAACAUAUUUUUGGAUGAGAGAUUUUAUUCGAGAUAAUCCACAAGCAAUUAUUGUCACAACAUGGGCACAAAAUAUAACUGAAGUUCGAACGGCAGCGCAGAAAUGCAUUAGAAUGCCAUUCAAUCUAAAUAAUGUUGAUGUUACUGUUGGUGCUAAUGUUUUAUAUGGAAUUACAAGUGCUAUUAUGUAUGAUUUACUUGAUUUUAAAGAUUAUUUUAAUCAGGAUAUGCAAACGUUAUAUUUAUCGACAGCAUCAUUAAUAGCAUGGUCAAUAAAAAACUCAAUGAAGAAUCGUCCUGAUCUAGCUCAAGUCUAUUAUCCAUCACAUUAUAAUUUUCUUUGGUAUGGAUCUCGUACUCUAUUUCUUCUUGAAUUAGCACGUCAUCAACAGAAAGCCAUACCAGAUGUAUUCAAUCGCGUUUAUUCACUAUUAUCUGAUACUUAUCGUUCUGAUGUUGUGAAAUUUUUUCAAGAUAAUGUUCGUUCUGAUAAAUCAUCUUAUGAUGAUUUUUUGGGUGUCAACGAUACAAAUAUAUUUGGAAAAUCAGAACCAAGUGGUGAAGAUAGAGUAUUUUCUACAGCACAAACUGUCAACAUAUUGAUUGCUUCGUUUACUUAUCUUGAUGGCAAUACAGGAAAAUUAAAAUGGAUUACUGAUGGACCACAAAUCGAUACAAUUAAAAUUAUGGUUAACAAAUCGAUAUCAUGGCUUCUUGAUAAUGUAUUUAAAUAUCAACCGUUUAAUUGCUUUUUUUCAGGUUCUGUCAAAGGUUUUAAUCAGUUACCAUUUUGGUAUCCAGCAAAUUUUUAUCAAUAUUUAAAUGGAACUACUCUAGAUCCAGAUCAUUUCGAUACUAAAACUCAGUCUCUUGUCGAUUCUAUUGUUGGUGUCAGUGGAUAUAUUGAUGAAACUAUAUAUGAACGUAUGAUAUCCGAAAAACAUUUUAACAUUUCGACACCAACAACAUUUAACGGAUAUAAUUCACCAGGUGCAGAAUUCCCCUUUUGGUCUUCACAACCUUAUACGCAUUCAGUUACGCUAUUAGCACUUGCUCAAUAUAAUAAUUUGGAUAAAUAA